AUGGAGUGGUCGGAGAAACGCAUUGACGAGCGCCUGCUGAGGGCAUCCAACGCAGAUCAAGAACUAGAGGUCCACAAUCUUUGAAAAUGAGAGAAGACAAGGAGGCGGAGGUCGAGAGUAACGCAGCCGCACAAGAGAGGGAGGGAGAGAUCGGAGAUGGUCUGAGUAAGGGGAAGGGAGAGAUGGGAUUCAUGGGAGAUGGUGUGAGUAAGAGGAAGGGAGACUGUGAGAUGGGAUUGAUGGGAGAAGGUGAGACUGAGAGGGAGGGAGAGAUGGGAGAUGGCGUGAGUAAGAGGGAGAGCGAGAUCAUGGGAGAUGGUUUGAUUGAGAGGGAGGGAAAGCUGGGGGACGGUCUGAGUGGAGGCGCUGGAAGGGAGUCGAACCUGAGGCAAUCAGAUGGAAAGGAAUCGGCCAGAAACUAUAGUGCUGCUUCUCUGAUCCGCCGGGAGGCAAGCAGCUGUACCCCUGUCAAAAGAACCCUUGGAGAGAUGAACAAGGGGCCAGAUCCAGAGCAGGAACCGAAGAUGAGGAGGAAGAGAGCAUCAACGGCGAGGACCAGGGGUCGAAAGAGGGGCUGCCCUCAGUCGGGACAUGGGGUGAAGGUGGGGCGGCGAAGGAUGCUCCUCCCCUCUGCUGCUCACGACGAAGAUAAACUUUGUUCUCUUUCUUCUGAUGGCCGGGAAGAUGACACCCAGCCCCCACCCUGUACUGUCAACGGCGAGGGGGAAUAUGGGAAUCGUGGAGAGCUGACUUCAACCUCUAAGAAGCCGUCGCCGCCUCCUCCCGCUUCGCCAGGAAUGUGCAAAACCUAUUGCGGCGACAUCAUCUGCGACUACACCGUUGUGGGCAGUAGGGGUGAUAACAGCGACAGCAGCGGUGACAACCAUCGUAAUAACAACAACGUCAACAGCAAUUGCAACAACAGCAAUAGGAUCAACCACAAACAUGGCAGCGGCACCAUCACCAACAACAGCGGCAACACCAACGGCAGUGACGGAGUUGGCAGCGGUGAAGAUGACAACAUCAGCAGCAGCGACAACAAAAACAACAACAGCAAUAACAAAGAUGAGGACAACAAUAGAUAAGAACAUCACCACCAACCGUGACAAGGGGGUGGGCAGUGAAGAUUAUGAUAACGGUGGCGAGGGCAGCAACAACAACAACAACGACAACAACAACAACAACAGCAACAGCAACAACAACAAACAACAAACAACAAACAACAAGGGGCAACAACAAUAUCAAUAACAAAAACAACAACAACGA